GAGUUUAGGAAAGUGCCUGAUUUGAGAAAUUGAAAGCACCUGGUGACUGUCUUUAUAUUUGAUCAUCUUUAAGCUUGCAUAUGCCCUUAGUUAAUGCUCAUCUUUGCAGAAUAAGGAAUUAGAUGGCAGUGGCCUUUUCUGGCCUGUAUCGGAUCAGGCUCCGGCGUAGACGCCCCUGCGGAGGGGGGUCCUCUGGUCGGCCAGAGAGUUGCGGUAGCCCGUAGCGAUGGCGGCGGGGCAGGGGCGCUUCCCUGGGCCGGCGUUUGGCCUACGGUUGCUGUUGGCCACUGUGCUUCAAGCGGUGUCUGCUUUCAAGGCAGAGUUUUCAUCAGAGGGAUGCAGAGAGUUAGGCUUCUCUAGCAACUUGCUCUGCAGCUCUUGUGAUCUUCUUGGACAGUUCAACCUACUUCAGCUGGAUCCUAAUUGCAGAGGAUGCUGUCAGGAAGAGGCACAGUUUGAAACCAAAAAGCUAUAUGCAGGAGCUAUUCUUGAAGUCUGUGGAUGAAAAUUGGGGAGGUUCCCUCAAGUCCAAGCUUUCGUCAGAAGCGAUAAGCCCAAACUGUUCAGAGGACUACAAAUCAAGUAUGUUCGUGGUUCAGACCCUGUACUAAAGCUUUUGGACGACAAUGGGAGCAUUGCUGAAGAACUAAGCAUCCUGAAAUGGAACACAGACAGUGUAGAAGAAUUCCUGAGUGAAAAGUUGGAACGUAUAUAAAUCUUGCUUACAUUUUGUCCUAUCUUUUUGUUAC